AUGAAACCUGAAUCAGGCCCACACACCUGCAUGCACAAGACCCUCCUCUUUACACCUGUCUCCAUGGCGGCAGAAGGCAGGUAAUGGUAUGUGACACCAGUGGUGAUCGAGUUUUAACUACCGGCUGGUGGUCAGGGCUGUAUGAACCGUGGCGUGACCCCCUGCGACCCCUCCACCGCAGUUCACAGCUCCCCAGCUCUUGCUCCAGCCUUACCUUGAAUGGAGCUUUAAAUGAGGCCCAUUAUCCAGUUGCACAACCUCCCAAACUGAAGUCCCACUGGGGCUCCCCUGAGGGGCCAGAAAGGGUGUCCAUUAUGGGUCUUCAGCCAGGAGUUAGAGGAGGAGGGAGGGCAUCCAUUACGGCUCUGGGGGAUGUAAUGUCCAGAUGGCCAGGUGCUACCAAAGAGACCUGUCCCACCCUGCAACAAUCACAGCUUUCAUACCAGGUCCACCUCAGCCCCUCCAUCAGCCCAAAACCCGGUGGUCACACAGGGCUGGUCAAGCAGAGAGAAGAGGAGGAAGAGGAGUGGUAG